AAGCCGAGAGGCAGGCAAAGGCAGCGGAGAAGGAGCCGGCACCGCACCGACACCCGUAGCAGCAGCAGCGCACAGAGGAAGGCAGGCAGGCAGGCAAGGAAGGCAGGAAGGAAGGCAGGAAGGAAGGCAAGAGCGAGGCUUGGAGCAAAAACUCCCCCCGCCGCGGCGAGCGACCAAACAGCAGCAGCCGCCCCUGAGCGAGAAGCGGCGACGCUGCCCGGGGAAAACGCCUCUCGAGCCGUGCGCCACUGCCCAGCGGCGGCUCGGAGCGCCCGGGGCCAGCGCGCCGCCUGCGCUCGCCCUUCGGCCGCUGGCGGAGGCUGGCGAUGCUCGGGUGCCGGUGAUGCUGCCGCCGCCGCCUUGAAGGAGAAGCUCCGGAGCGCCUCCUCUCCCUGGCGGGUGCCCUGCGCCUGGCUCCGGCCGGCGGGGCGUCCCUCGCGCGUCUCCGGGAGAAGAGUGGCCGGACGGAGUUCCCCUCCUCCGAGGGCCCUUCCAAGCGCCGCCGCCGCCACCGAGGAAGCAGGCAGCGGCAGGCGCGCGUUUCUCCGGGCGGCACAUCGGCAAGGGGUUGAGGCACGCCUGGCAGGGAAGCCCCCUCGGAGGCAGUGCCGCUCGGCCGGGAUCGCCCCGCCAUGGAUACGUGCGCUCUCCUUUGGGGAUUGUUAUUUCUGCUCCUGGCCGGAUCCGGAGCCCUGGCGCAAGCAGCUCAAUCGUGCGGGGGCCGUUUGAAUUCCAAAGAUGCUGGCUACAUCACUUCACCUGGCUAUCCGCAGGACUACCCCUCCCACCAGAACUGCGAGUGGAUCAUUUACGCUCCAGAGCCCAAUCAGAAGAUUAUCCUCAACUUCAAUCCUCACUUUGAAAUCGAGAAACACGAUUGCAAGUAUGACUUCAUCGAGAUACGAGAUGGGGACAGCGAUUCAGCCGACCUGCUCGGGAAGCACUGUGGGAACAUCGCUCCUCCGACUAUCACUUCAUCAGGCCCUUCUCUCUAUAUUAAAUUCACCUCCGACUACGCCCGCCAAGGUGCCGGCUUCUCCUUGCGCUAUGAGAUCUACAAGACAGGUUCGGAAGAUUGUUCUCGAAACUUCACCAGCUCGAACGGUACCAUCGAAUCCCCGGGAUUUCCCGAUAAGUAUCCUCAUAAUUUGGACUGCACUUUCACCAUCAUGGCUAAGCCAAAGAUGGAGAUCAUCCUUCAAUUUCUAACCUUCGACCUCGAAAAUGACCCUUUGCAAGUCGGGGAGGGAGACUGCAAGUAUGAUUGGCUGGACAUCUGGGACGGUAUCCCUCAAGUUGGCCCCUUAAUUGGCAGGUACUGUGGCACCAAAACCCCGUCAGAGAUCCGCUCAACGACCGGCAUCCUGUCGCUCACAUUCCACACGGAUUUGGCAGUGGCUAAAGGUGGCUUUUCGGCUCGCUAUUACUUGGUUCAGCAGGAGGUGCCAGAAAACUUCCAGUGCAACAUUCCCUUAGGGAUGGAGUCUGGCCGAAUCUCCAGCGAACAGAUCACCGCCUCCAGUACUUACUCUGACGGCAGGUGGACCCCGCAGCAGAGCCGGCUGAAUAGCGAUGACAACGGGUGGACCCCCAAUAUCGAUAACAACAAGGAGUACUUACAGGUGGAUCUUCGCUUCCUGACUGUGCUGACAGCCAUCGCCACCCAGGGCGCCAUCUCUCGAGAGACACAAAAUGGCUACUACGUGCGGUCGUACAAGCUGGAGGUCAGCACGAACGGGGAGGAUUGGAUGAUGUAUCGGCAUGGCAAGAACCAUAAAGUAUUCCAGGCCAACACUGACGCUUCGGAAGUGGUUCUCAACAAACUCCACGCUCCCGUGUUGACUCGGUUUGUACGGAUCCGGCCCCAGCUCUGGCACACCGGGAUUGCCCUCCGAUUGGAGCUUUACGGCUGCCGCAUCACAGAUUCGCCCUGCUCGAACAUGUUGGGGAUGCUUUCUGGGCUCAUCCCGGACUCCCAGAUCUCAGCUUCCUCGAUCAGAGAAUAUCACUGGGCCCCCAGUGUAGCACGCCUCGUCAGCAGCCGCUCAGGAUGGUUCCCGCGCAUACCUCAAGCACAGCCCGGGGAGGAGUGGCUGCAAGUAGACCUGGGAGUCCCGAAGAACGUGAAAGGGGUGAUUAUCCAAGGAGCUCGUGGAGGGGACAGCAUCAGUGUGGCAGAAGCCCGAGCCUUUGUGAGAAAGUUUAAAGUGGCUUACAGCUUGAAUGGGAAGGACUGGGAAUUUAUACAAGACCCCAAGACGAUGCAACCUAAGAUGUUCGAAGGAAACAUGCAUUAUGAUACCCCUGACGUCCGAAGGUUUGAUCCUGUUCCAGCACAGUACAUCAGGGUUCAUCCGGAAAGAUGGUCCCCAGCGGGAAUCGGGAUGCGCUUGGAGGUGCUGGGGUGCGACUGGACAGACCUGAAGUCCACUGCAGAGACACUGAAGCCCACGCUGAAAAGUGAGGAGACCACCACACAGUUCCCCACUGAUGAAGAAGUCACGGAAUGCGGGGACAGCUGUAUGGACAACGGAGAUUUCCAGCUCCCCAUAGGAUUCAACUGCAACUUUGAUCUUCCCGGAGACCUUUGUGGUUGGACGCAUGAUGCAUCUACAGGAUUUACGUGGACUUUCCAUUCGAGAAACACCUGGACUAGCCACAUGGGACCAGGCAUCGGGGCCUUCCCGGAUGGCAGGCACUACCUGAGGCUGCAGAGCAGUGUGAGAAGGGAAGGGCAGCACGCCCGCCUGGUCAGCCCGGUGGUCUUCUCGCCCCGGAGCACUUUGUGCAUGGUGUUCCGCUACCAGCUUUCCGGCGGGAUGGGGACGACGCUCCGGGUGUGGCGGGAAGCGAUUCAGGAGAACAAGCCGUUGUGGGUCAUCAGGGAAGACCAUGGGGAUGAGUGGAGAGAGGGCCGGAUCCUGCUGCGGAGCUACGACAUGGAGUAUCAGAUUGUGUUUGAGGGAAUUAUAGGCGAAGGACAUUCAGGAGAGAUUGCCAUCGAUGAUGUCCGAAUAGGCACCGACAGUUCCCUGGAGAACUGUAUGGAACCCAUCUCAGCUUUUCCUGGCGAGCACACUUUUGGGAUUUCAGGGGGCACCCUUCUGCCAGGGAGCGAGCCCACAGUGGACACGGUGUCAGUGCAGCCCAUUCCAGCCUACUGGUAUUACGUUAUGGCCGCCGGAGGUGCUGUUCUGGUGUUGGUCUCCGUCGCGCUGGCCCUGGUGCUCCACUACCACCGGUUCCGCUAUGCGGCCAAGAAGAGCGAUCACUCCAUCACCUACAAAACUGCCCACUAUGCCAACGGGGCGCCUUUGGCAGUGGAGCCCACCUUAACGAUAAAACUAGAACGAGACCGCAGCUCGCACUGCUGAGAGUCGGAGCAGAAAACACAACAGACAAAAUUUCUAAGACUUCAAAAUACGUUGCCUCAAUUUUUGCACUUUUUUCUCCUGACCCAGCAUAUAUGUGAACUCUAGACAUCUCUUCCCCCCCACCCCUGACCCUGUUGUUCUUUUACAAAACUCUUAACUAUAAUGCUGCAUCUUGGAUCGCCAGAAGAGACUCUUUGAAAGUGAAUGCUCCUUUAUUAUUACUAUUAUUAUUAUUAUUUUUCAAAGACUUAUUUUUCCCCCCCAAAGUGGACAACUUGCAAGAAAAUAGCAAGUCAGGAGGGGUAUGCAAGAGUAUAUGUGUGCGUGCUUGUAUAUCUUUAUCUAUAUAUCUGUAUGUAAGUGUGCAUGUGUGGGUAACAUCAGCUGAAUGGCUAUUCAAAAAGGUCCUUUGGAACUCGGUCGUACGGCUCCAACUUUCACAAGGCGUGCUUUUUUCCUCCCCUGCCUCGUGGGAAGACCUGGGAAUACCUUUCUGGUGAUGAAUACCCCGAUUUGUUUACUUGGAGAAGCGAACGAUGCUUUUUGUUGCCUUAUCUAGCUUUGGCUGGGUUUAGUCGGUAUCGGCAUGUAUCCCGCCACUCUACCGAGCAACGUUUGAAGCCUUCCUCCAGCCCAAGGGGUCUUCAUCCAGCUUUAGUGGCACUUUCUUUCUCCGAUGGAAUUGCUGCUUUGGCUGUCUGAAGGCUCCUUUGGCUGGAGAAACCUCCUCCAGCCUAAGGUAGGGUACAUACCGAUAUCCUUACGAAUGUCAGUGGGUUCAUACUGGUGAAAAAGGAGAGGCUGUGCCAAAGGAAAAUAAGAAAUGGCAUGUAAAAAAAAAAAAAGCCACAAGGGAGGAUUAGAGGAGCCAAAAAAAUUUUCUCCCCUAGGCAUCACAAAAAACAUAGCCAUCGUUUUGGUAGUGGAAUAAAUCCCUCAAAAAAACAAAACACCAACCAAAUCUUUGUCAAGUUGCCUUAUAAAAGAAGAGUUCUUAACAAAUGUUCCUUUUCUCUGUUCAACCCAGCCUUAGAGUAACGAGUAGACAUUAUUUGGUCAAAGGUUUAGAAAACACUGUAGCUCCAUGCCUCUGAAGUUUAAUGGUGCUUUCACACACACUGAAUAAUGCACUUUAGACCCGCUCCCAGCACACACUGCAACUGGAUUUUACUAUGCAAAACUGCAAAAAAUCCACUUGCAAACAAUUGCUAAAGUGCAUCACAAUUGGCUUGAAAGUGCAUUUUCAGCCUGUGUGAAAGCGCUUUUCGUUUAACCGUGUGAGUAAACCUCACUCUUAGCGAUGCCUUCUUUCCUUUCUGUUAUUUGUGAGAAAGAGGAAAUUCCUUCCUUGGAUUUCUACCGGUAAUUUGUCAGAGGCAAAGAACACUUUCCUCUUUGUUCUUCUCUCUCCAAGUUGACACGAAUGUCUGACCGGCACACUUUAUAUUUGUGGUCAUGUCGCUUCUUAUGUCGUUGGUAAUGACAUCUAUCAACCAAAGCCCCAAGAAUUGGGCUUGCUAAAAAUCCAGAUAUCUCUGCAUCUUUUUAGCGAAGGAGGCAUAAUGGAGUCCGCGAUAAGCCUCCCAUCUAUUGAUUUGCUCUGAAGUAAUGCAAUGGAAAUGCCUUGUAUAGAUUAGCCAGGGAUAACACACAAAGGCGGCUGGAAUGGUUCAAUCAGAUAUACUUUUCAGGCCGCUGAAUGUGAUUUUCCAGUGUUGUUUGCUUCUGCUUCUUCUUCAAAAAAAAGCCCCCAUCAUGACCAGUUGUUCUACCCUUUUUUAAAUCUCUAGCGACCCUUUGUCCCUCAUGAAAAACAAAAGCUAAGGAAGUCACAGUAGUACUGUUACACUAAAGGGUAAAAAACCCAGGAGUUCUUUCCAUCAGGGGCUUUCU